AGAAGAAUCAUAUUUCCAGCUAAAGAUUGCCAUUACAAUGAUCAGAAAUGUCUCCUUCUUCAGAUGUCUUACAAACAUGUUUAUUUUUCCAAUGCUCGUGAUCUCCAUGCUCGUACCUUUCCAGUUUCUAUUACCUCGAAAAUUAUCUUCAAGGCAAACUUUUGGGUUAUUCCUAUUGUUUGGAGAAUGUUUGCCACUGAUGGUUUUGUCUUCUGAAAUCCCAGACCAUUCAAGUAUUCCUUUUAUAGGAAUUAUCAACAUAUCGUGCAUUUUUGUUGCGAUGUUCGCAUUGAUUGCAUCAAUCGUUGUUUCAAAGAUAUCUGAUAGAAAUAGGAAACAUUUACCUAUUUGUCUACAAAAUAUUCUAAGAAAAACAACGUCACAAAAGAAUAAAGGGAAUAAAGGAGAAAAUAACUCAACAAUAGACAGUAGGAAUGAAAUAGAUCGAAAUGGUCUUUUGCGGGAGAACCAUUACAUUGAAAUGGACGUCCUGGACUCUUCUAAUGAUCGUAACGGAGAAAUGAAUAUUUUUAAUGGAAGAACUAAUGAACACAAUGGUUUAAGGAAUAGUGAAAACAACAUUGAAGUCAACGAUACUAUACUGGAUAACGAUAGAGAGAGUAUUAAUCUAAUCUUAUCAAGAAUUUUGAGUGAAUUAAAACAGAAACAUUCAUCAACAAAUAAUGAAUUGAUUAGAAAAGAAAACGAAGUUUGUUCGAAGUUGGCAGCGUACAUUGACAAAAUGCUCUUUUAUGUUUUUAUGGUGCUUUCACUUAUAAUACUUAUUGUUUUGAUCAUAACUUUGUUGAUGUAAAGUGUAUUUCAUAACUCAUUAAUUAAUAUCCUUUAACUGAAGUAUCAGUUUAUUUAUUUUUAUACGUUCGUGUCAUAUCAGGCGGUGAUAUCAGCUUUAUAUAUUGUUGUUCAUUUUGUCUUCAAAUAAAGUACAAAGUCAAUACUACAAAAUGAUAAACGUGCCUUAUUGAAUCCGAUGUGCUGGGAGAUGCGUUUGUUGAAUGCCUCCCUUCCUUAUUGAUCUUUGUUUCCUGUUUUAAAGAACUUCACGGAAAUUUUAAAAAAUAGUUCAUAGAUUAAUAACAGUUUUGUGCAUUAGAGUAACUUUACAUCCACGCCCUAUCUUUGAUAACAAAUGAACCUGCUGUGAGAUAGUCAAUCUUGAAGCUGAUCUUAAAUAACUUCCUUGAUCCCAUCAAACAGGCUAUUUGUUACCUGUUUAUUUAUAUUCAUAUUUUCAACGUAUUUUUUUAAAAAUCUCUUAAUAUGAAUGUUUCUGUACAUCAUCUGGUCAGUAAUCAAGGGCAAAUGAAUCGAUCUCGACAUUUCUACUUUCACGGUGUUCAUUUUAUGCUUUUUAGACUAUAUUGAAUUGAAAUAAAUAGUAAUUUAACCGCACUCUUUGAUACACAAUCUUAAUACUUCAUUUAAAAAAAUGCUUUAUUUUUGUUGCUUAUAUUUAUCAUUUAUAUUUAUUUGUCUCUGAGGACUACACAUACAUAAAGAAUAGUCGUAUAUACAUGUAGUCCGUAGGUGGUGUUUAUCGACAGUUAUACACCGCUAUUUUCUUCUUUGUAUACAGUGACAAAAUCAAAAGUCAUGCUAGAAUAUGAUAUGAUAGUUCUUAGAAUAAUAUUCAUAAGAUUCAUAAUCAAAUUAAUAUGGAAGUGCCUUCAUUUCACAAAUUGUUUCAUCUUAAAAACUAUUUCUCCAAACCAUUUUAAUCACUUUGUCAUUGUCAGAAAAUUAAAGUGCUUUCAACUGUUAGUUAAAACAGUAAAUAUUGAAAUGUUAUCUUUUCUAUUACAGUGGGAAGCAAUUCUACAGUCUGAUAGCGACAAUAAAAACCACAGCAUGAAUUAUAAUGUUAGGAUAUGAAUAAUUUAUUAGAAACAAUAAUGCCACUGCUUAAUUAAGUUGAAAUUCUAUACGCUGAUUUAAUGCCUUUUAAAUUCAACAUUUACUCCGUGUAAGGAGAGAGAAGCAUAGUCAAAUAUAUUCCUUUUAGUUUAACUUUUAAUAAGAUGUUUACUGUUUAGAGUCUGACUGGGGUGAUCGAUUAUUGUAAACAGUGAAUUAAAUAAAAAGAAUAACGUAUAUUUAAAGACAUACAUAUAGAUUGUGAAAAUAUAAAAUAUAUUAAAUGACUUAAGUUAUAAAAGGGCUUUGUAAAUAACUGAUAUUUUGGAUAAAAGGACUUUCUAUAUAAAUGGUGUAUGGGAUUGUAUAUAAGUGAUGUAUUGGAUAAAAUGACUUUCUUAGUUGAUUUAUUUAUAUCAGAUAUAUCAGCAUUAAGAUGAAACAUUUACAACUGAUAUAUCAGCAUUAAUAUGAUACAUUUACAUCUGAUAUAUCAGCAUUAGGUUGACAAAUUUAUAUCUGAUAUAUAGCAGCAUUAAGUUGAUACAUUUUUAUCCGAUAUAUCAACAUUAGGUUGAUACAUUUAUGUUACAUUUGUAGCUAUAUUAAGCAUGGAAUUACUGUUGACUGAAUUCCAUUACAGUUUAAUCGUUAUUAAAGCGUUUUACGGGGUUUGAAUAAUAUUGGUUAUGAGAAAUAAAAGGUUCAUUGAUGAAGUCUCUAGUUUUAAUUGCAAAAAGGAUAAUGAAUUAAUCAUUUCAAAAACCAACACUAAAAAGAAAUACAUCGACGUUGACUCCAUAUAAAAUGACUGGUUUUAGAAAAAAGCCGGAUAUGAUUUU